CCACCAUAUUGCCGAUUAUAUUGCUACUGUAGAAGGUUGACUGAAGUAUCAGUAGUAAUGAUACUUCAAAUUCGUAAACCGAAUAGCUACGAAACUAAUUCUGAAUUAAAGUACUACAUAGUGUCCCAAGAAUUGUGAUUUCAGUCGUCGAAACCUUCUGUAACAAAUUGUGCCGUACAUAGGAUAAGUGAUACAUUUCAAUGUAUAUUUGUAUACUUCGAUUACAAUCAAGCAACGCGCGUUUUAGCAUUUGAAUUCCUCAACAACAGCAGCAUCGUAAUUUAACAUAAUGGAUGAUAAGGAUCCAACUACUGUCAUCAAAAUGAUAAAGGACUUGAGAUCAGGUUCAGAAGCCUAUCGUAAAAGCAGUAGCAGUGGUGUAUCACUACGGCUCUCAGGAACUGCAUUUACAUCUCCUUUGUUCAGUGAACAAGAGGAAUGUAUUAUUUCACCCAAAAGACGAAGACUUGAUGAUUCAGAUAGUUCUAUUUCAAAUAAGAGUCAGACAGAGACUGUUCCAGGUAGUCCAUGGGAAUGGAGAAGAUUAAAGGGAGAAGUUGUAUCUUUAAAAACAAGGCUUUCUCAUCAAGAGGCAACAGUGCAACAACUUCACAAGAUACGUAGGCAAAUGGAAGAGGUGUUUGAAAAGCAGAAAAGUGGUUUAGAGAUACAGAUAGAAGAAGACAAACAAACUAUCAAACAGUUAGAAGUGAGGCUAGAUAUUGCUCGUAGAACAAUUCAAGAUGCACGCACUGCACAAGCUGCUGCAGAAAAGGAAUUACACCAGGUGAAGACAAAUUUGGAGCAAAAGAACCUCACACUAAUGAAUGAGAAUGCAAAACUAUUAGAUGAGCUUAAAAAUGUUCCUACACAAGAAACCCUGCCAAAAUCUACAGAUGGAGAAGAAAUUUCACAAAGUCAGCAACAGCUUGAGGUAGCACAAAAACGAAUAACACAGUUAGAGGAAAAACUGAGAGAAUAUCAAACUAAACAGCAAGUAUUGGAACUGCAAAAUGUGGAACUUCAAAAUAUGAAAAUAAAAAUAGAGAAACUAGAAUCAGAAAGAGCAUCCUGGGAAGAAGGAAAAUUAUUGCUUGCCAAAGCAGCGAAAGCUAAUGAGCUUGAGAAAGAACUCACAGUUGCGAAAGAAACUAUUGCCAAUUUAAGAGAAUCUGUCAGAGGAAAAUUAUUACUAGAAGAACAAAUGGCUAAUGUAAUGAAGAGGUUAGAGCAUACAGAGAAAGUGGAACAGCAAGUUACUGUGUUGGAAGCCAAAAAAGCGGAACUUACAUUACGUCUGGCCGAAUACGAGUCUAUUGGAAUCACCGGUGGACCGUCGGUCUUGAAACGUGAAUUGAACAGACUACAGCAAGCCGAAUUAGUUUUGAAAGCAGAAGAAGGACAACUCAGAUCAAAGUUGGACGCUGCAUUGAGAGAAUCGCAGAAUCUAUCAAAAAAAUACGAGGACGCUAAGAAAUUGGCCACAGAUGUAACAGUGUCCAAGGAAAAAUUAAACAAGUUGGCGAGCAGAUUACAGAAGAAGAUGAUCCUCGUGACGAGAGAAAGGGACAGUUACAGACAGCAGUUAGAUUUAUACGAAAAAGAGAUGACCAUAGAUAGCAAUAACGCCAUAACCGAAAGAAUUCCUGCACUGGAACGUACAAUAGAUGCUUACCGGGAGUUAGUUACCAAAUUAGAGUCGGAUCUUCAAGCAGCCGAGGGUUAUAGUCAAGUGGAUGAGUGCAAUAAAUUGAAGGAGGAAGUCGAGCGACUGAAGGGCGAAUUGGAGCAUCGUGCACUAAAAGGUGAUUUCAAUUGCAACGCUAGGAUACUGCACUAUUCCAUGAAUCCUGCUGCUAUCGCGGAACAGCAGGCGGAGGAAAAGCAGAAAGCAUUACUGCGUGAACUGGAAGAACUGAGAGCUAAAGUGGCGCAGGGAGGAACCAACGCUACGACGUCUUCUCUACAGGCACAAGAAAUAGCGGAACUUAAGCAAACUCACGAGAUCAAAAUAGCUCGUUUGAAGGAGGCUUUUAAGGCAUCGUCGCAGGAGUAUCGACAAGCUUGUUACCAACUAUUCGGUUGGAGAGUAGACAGAACGAAGGAGGGUCGAUAUAAAUUAUUCAGUCAGUAUGCGGAAUCACCUGACGACUAUCUGUUCUUCCAAAUCAGUGGGGAUGGAGUGGAUCUCCUGGAAACCGCGUUCUCAGCGACACUCGAGUCAUUGAUGGAACAACACUUGCAUCGACAGCACAGCGUGCCCAUGUUUCUAAACGCUGUACAAACAGACUUAUUCAAUCAGCAGACUAUGACUAAUGUUAUGAGUUGAUCUUCCUAGCUGCUAAAAGAAUUAAAUCUUCAAAUAUAGAAUGAAAAUAUGAAGAUCAAGGAAUUAUAAUCAUUGUCAGCUACAAAAUUGGGUUUAUUCUCCAUGUUAUUUUAAAUGAAUUUUUUCAUAAAACUUAGUUCUUGAAACGAGUGCUCUGUGAAUAAAAUGAAUACUUCUUGAUUAAAAAUCAUGUGGCAA